GUUCGCCAAUACUUUGUGCUUCCGGUGUCAAAGGUUCUACCAAGAUGGCGUCGUCCGAGAAGAAACAUGCGAAAGCCAAUGCGUAUAUUAUUCCUGGAGGAUUUACAGUUUUAUCUCUGCGCUUCGACUCCGACUCUGUUGCUCAGCACAACCUGUACGUGAAGGAACAUAAAGUCCGAGCAGAGAAAAGUUCUCACAGACCGUUGGACCGGACUCUAUUUGUCCUCAACAUUCCUCCUUACUGUUCAGAGGCUGUUGUCAAAGAGCUGUUCUCACAGUUUGGCUGCGUUCAGUCUGUGGAGCUGAAAGACCACCCUGGCUCCUCCGAGGAGUCUGGACCAAAACUAUCAAAGUUCUUCAAACAAGCUGAAAAUAAGGGUUUCAAAGUGGGCUACAUUGUGUUUAAAAAACCUUCCAGUGUGAAUGCAGCUAAAUCACAUCCUGUUGAUGUUCCACUUAUAGUCUCCACUGAGGAGCAUCCAGUGAAAACAGGAGUACAGAAAUGGAUUCAGGAGUACAGAGAUUCUUUUAUCGAGCCAGACAAUCUGCAGCAAAUCGUCGACUCCUUCAUGGUAGAUUAUGAUAAGCGUAAAAAAGAGGAAGAGGAGCAACAGAGUAAAGAGGCUGAGCAGCAACAAGAGGAUGAAGAUGGCUGGGUGAAAGUCACAAGAGGGAACAAGGCAACUAAGGCCCGCCCCCACACAGAAGCAGCCAAUCAGAGAACUCUACAUAGAGAGCUGAAGAAAAGAGAGAAGAAGGAGCUCCUAAACUUUUACACCUGGCAACACAAGAACACGCAAAAAGAACAUAUUGCUGAACUAAGGAAAAAGUUUGAAGAGGAUAAGCAGAGAAUAGCUCUGCUGAGAGCACAGAGAAAAUUCAAACCAUACUGAAAUCCCAAGAUUUGAGUUUGUUUCUUACUGCGAUUGUAUGUUUGCCACAUUGUAAACCGUUUAUAUUAAAAGAGCAUCUGUGUUUAUCAUCAUUUGAUCAUUUGACUUGGCAGCACUCAAAGACAGAAUGAAAAAA